CCACUAGCCAGCCUGCCUGAGUGUGCCAGCCAGUGCCAGUACCUCUGCGUCCGUUGUCGAGGCAGGGUGUGUAACGCUCCCGCUCCGUCACUCGCGCACGCCGCCGCCCCGCCGCCACUACUCACCAUCGGUCAGUUCUGCCUUACGGAUGACCAAGUGAAUGAGCCCCCUUCCUUGCCCCGCCGCUCCUGCAGACCUGACAUUCUCUUUGCCCCAUCCCACCCACGCCAACAGCCCCGGGUGAACAAAAAGUGGAUCAUUUUUUUGUGGACGGGAAGUGGAUUCCCAAAAUCCCUUGGCGCGGCUUCCCGUAACCUCUACAACGAGAAGCGACAGGUGAGGUCGGCAUGAUGGAAAACUUUCUAAGCACGGAUGACGGUCUGAGCCACCUGACUCACCUCACCACGCUGCUGACGGAAACUUCCACCUCAUCAUUCACCUCCGUGCUGCCUGACUCUUCGUAUACAGACCCCGAUCCCGAGGCUAACUUCUCCAUCUCAGAUAUGUCCAUCGACCAGAAAGUGAACGGCACCCAAAAGUACCCCGCCGAUAUGUUGGGCUUCACUGCUGCCUGUGCCUUCAUCAUUGCCAUCCUGGGCACGUUUGGUAACUUACUGACCAUCAUCGCUUUGCCGAUGGCGAAGAAUCUGCGCACCACCGCCACCGCCUUUGUGGUAAACCUGGCUGUGGUGGAGCUCUUGUUUUGUGUGCUCAUCCUGCCAAUGUCCGGCGCACAGUACCUUUACCUGCAGCGCCACCUUCAGGGCUCACUACUUACUGAUACCCACUGCAUUUUUUUUGUGUGUGUGCGGUAUACUCUCACACAAGUGGAGCUGCAGACUAUCCUGGCCAUUGCUCUUACCAGGGCUCUUGCGGUCUCUGUCCCGAGGUUCUACCAGGCUAUGAACCGACCUACUGUCAUCGGCGUGUACAUUGGCGCUAUCUGGGUGUACUCCUUUUCCACUAGGAUGCCAGCUGCCGUUGGGGUGAUGGGCCAGUACAUGUACAACGCCAACACAAUGGAGUGUGACCUGGGCAAUGCCAACAAGGUAGCCCGGCUUGUGUACCUUGUGGUGGACGCCUUCAUUCCUGUGAUGCUCAUCUUCAUUCUGUACUUCUUUGUCUUCAUAAUGGUGGUGAGGAGGGCAGUGGUAAGACAGCGCAAGUUCAGCACAAAUUUCCCACCACCUCCAUCUCAGAUAAAAAUGAGUUCAAACCGAGUGGCCCGAGCCUCCAAGAGGAGCCGAGCUGCUGUGGCUCCACCCACCGCCUCCACCACCUCCACGUCCUCCACCACUGUGCCACAGCAAAGGAAGGGGUCCUCCUCCAGCUUGAAGAAUCUCAAGAAGAUGGUCUCAGAGACUAAUCUGAGGGCCAGAUUCACUCGUCAGUCUUCUAACAUGAGCCAGAGACUGACCUCUACUCGACGGGACAUGCGAGUGGCACGCACCAUCUUCAUCAUCUUCCUCCUGGUGCUGGUGUGCAGUGUGCCAGUUGCUGUAGUGCACGCAAUAGACCCAGCUGUGGGGAGGCCUGUGCGGUUUCUUCUUGUCCACAUACUCUACUGGUUCCAGUACUGCCUCAAUAUGGUGGUGUAUGUUCUCAUGAACCGCCAGUACCGUGAUGCCUAUGUAGACUGUCUGGCAAGAGUCUUCCCAAGAUUCAAGCGUCACCGUGGCCUUAGGUUCUUCUGGGAAAAAGCCAGUAUUUCCUCUCGCCCUCAGCCAAACCCCACAUCUAAGGCCAAUCCUGCUGACUCCAGUGCUUCAGAAGUUGACCAGACUGUCACAGGGAUUCCUGUAGCUGCCAGCCGGCCCCCCCUCACAGCCAUCCCUGAGGGCCACAGCAGUUCAGCAGCCAAUGACAGUGUGUUCUCAGAGCCACAGCAAAAGACUCCUGAAGAGCCAUUCAUUAAUGAAUAUAAAGAGGAGGAAAAUAACUAUGAGGAUGAUUCAGAUAGAGAGGAUGAGAAAGAGAAGGAAGAUGUGGAUGAGGAGAAAGGAGAGGAUGAAGAAGAGAAGCACUCCUUAAUGAACACAGAGCAUUGGGUCACUAGGAAUGGUGAUACAGUCUCUGAUCCUGAUUUUGAAUCUAAAGUAUAAUUUGAAAAGAUUUGCAGGCAUGCAUUGCCAUCAGACUUGGUGUUUGUUACUAUUACAUGAUACUGCUAAACUGCUGUCACUUUAUUUGCUACGACACAACAACAAUGCAAGUUUACAACAUCAAACAACAUUGUGUAGCAGUUACUGGAAAAUCAUUUGUGUUAUGCUUUUUAUCAAUCCAGAUAUUAAUGUUCAUAUUUGUUCCUGAAGACAAUUGUGGUAAAUCACUGGACAUCCCCAUCCAUGCUGCUUCACAACAUUUUCAUCAGUAAUAUUUAUGUAUUUCAUACUCGUGAUCAUUGUUCUUUGUUGCUUUGCUCAGACAGCAAAAUGGUGGUUUGUGGGAACUACUCUGUUAUGGUUGUUAUGGUGAGUAACUGUAACAUAAUUCAUAAUUUGUGCUAUAGGCUAAUGGCAAAUAUUCAUGUUAUAUUUAAGAAUACUCAGAUAAUUUUUAUAUAGUUACCUUGUACAGUUUUGUUAAGUGCUACAUUGUGAAGUAUCACUUCUUAUAGACCUUGAGGUUUACCCAUUUACUGUCAUCAGUAUCAUGGUUGCCAUUUGUUAUGGUAAUGGUGGGUUCUUAUUGUGUUUUCUUCUCUCUCUCUCUUUUUUUUUUCAUUUUGAAUGUGUCCAUAUACAAAAUCCUAAGAUUGAUAGAGUUGUAUUUUCACUUGCUUUUCACCAUCUUUUCUCUGUAGAGGAGUAUCAAGUCAACAGAUUGAAUCAUUACAUGGCUGGUGCCACACUCCUUUCAAGUCAACAUUGUGUUUCUUAUCUUACAUCAUUAAUUGUUUGAGGUGAUCCCACAAAUCACCAGCUGCAGCGAACAGGGAGAGAUUGUGAGAAUGGUUGGUGAGUUUAUCAUACAGUUAAAAUCACACUCACUUACUGCAUUCUGUCAAACCAGCCAUGAAUAGUUUUUGUAAGCAUUGUAUUUCCAUAUGUCAGUAUCAGCUGGGUUGGGCUGUAAAGUUCAUUGAUUCCCUAGUUUUUAGUUAUUAUUUCCUAUCUAAUUAACUUUUUAAAACUUUUUAAACUUUUUUUAUUAUGUAUUUGAUUUUAUUCUGUCACUGUUCUAAAUAAUUAUUGUCAUUGUAAUGGAAGGGUUAGUGAUCCACUGCCCUUAUACCCACACCACUGCCUGACUCCCUUAGAAGGGAAACAAAUUUGUUGUGAGUACACACAUAAUAAUUUCACUCUAUACAGAGACUGAAAAUUGCAGUUGAGGCUCCACAUGGAGAAGGCUUAUGUACUAAUGUACGAAACUCAAAUCUGGACAAAACACUCUCAUAGUCAGAUAACACAAAAGUGGUCAUAAUUCUGGUAUCUUUGUAGAGGUGGAAUCACUUUUCUGCUUAUUAUUGCUCAGAACAUGAACAUUUCAUACAUAUUGCAUAUGUAUUUAUAUUGCAGCAGAAAAUAUUUAAAAUAAAUAGGAUAACUGUAUUAUAUUCUUCAAGUUGUAAGUGUACAAGUGUUCCUUCACACAGUGUUGAAGUGCAACAUUUUCUAAAAAAAAAAAAAACAAGCCAUCAGUAGCUUUGCAGCCUCAUACUGUAUAGACCAGGAGCCCAGACAUUGGCCCAAAGUCCAGAAAAUUUGUCAUGUGAUGUAUAUGGUGAAGCCUGCCAUCCUUUACUUCUUAUCCCUCACCCUUCUAUCACCCUGAGCACAGUUUAUACUAACCCUCAUUCCUCUGCCUGUCUUUACACACUCUUACUACCCCUCAUAAUCUUGCCUCUCUCUGCACACCCUUACACAAUUCUGUGUCCUCCCCUCCUCACACCUACCUUCCUUGUGUGGCACUCACUGAGAUAUUUUCCUAAUGUUCUCAGUACUGUUUGAAAUAUCUCAUUACAGAGGAAUACAGUGUGGAUGUUAUUGUGAUAUAUUUUGUGAUGCAGUAAUUGUCCUUAUGAACCCAAAGUAGUGUAUCAGUGAGAGAAGUUCUGAUGCAUGAUGCAUUGACGUCUUUCCCACAUUCAUUACAAUAAAUAGGUUUAUUGAUAAUUAGCUGUGAUAGCUAUUUAGCAAAUACUAGCAAUGGUACACAACACUAUAUGGCUAACAAAAACACUGCUGCCACCACAGACUUAAUUUUUAAACACAAUAGCUGUGGUACUCACAGAACUCAUGCCUGUCUCCAUGCCAGAUGUGAGCCUGUGAUCAUUGCUCAUGUGAUCCGUGACUUGGUGAACCAGUACUGGCCACAUAUUGUUUUCCUGUGACCUCAGAUGAACUCUGUGGUUCCUGUAAUGCUCAUCAUUAACUGCAUCAUAGAAAGAUACUCUUUCAGCCUCUGUUUAGACUGUACUACUGUAUAUAAAUGGACUUUUAUGGAAGACAUAGAUACAUACAUGCAUGCUUGCUUACAUACAUACUGUAUUUGACAACUUAGAAGAUGCAUGGGCUUAUAAGACACCUCAAUUUGGAUAGGCAUUGAAAAAAAAUAAAAUAAAUAUGUGGAUUUAAGCUCUGAAUAUGAAGUGUAGGAUCUUACCUGACAUUUGAAUCCCUCUUAUAUGUAUUCAGAUCCUUAUUAGAUCCCAAUAUUUUACAUUUCAAAAGCCUUAAUAUUUGCUAGGAUCUACCAACAUUGAUCCUUAGACCAAUCCUGCUGUAAGAUGUAAACAAAUAUGGUAUUGGCAGUGACACUGUCAGAGCCCAGAGGGGUUUAUAAAGUUUGUUUGAUGUUCUCUUCACUUAUAAAAUCUUUUGUUUUGCUUGGUAGUAAGCUAUUUUCUAAAAAGCAAUGGUUUCUCAUUAGCUUCAAGUUUUGUUGAAUAUGUAAAAAGACAGGUGCAAUUUCAGUUGUAUGAGGGUGUGUCUUACCUCAAGGAAUAAUGGCAUCAUGAGGAAUGCAGUGAAUCUUGUGUGUUGCCAGGUUUGGUGUGUAACUGACCGCGAGUUUGUUUUGGUACAUUCAAUAAAAGCAUUGUCACUUAAUUUCUUCCUGACUGAUGUUAUUUUAUGUGAAUUACCAGUAAGUACGACCUGUUAUACAUUGUUACUUUGCAAAAAAGAGUUGUUUUUUGUGGUGCAGAAGCAAUCACUUUGUUUGCAUGUGCAAACAUGUUUCAGGUUUGAUUUAAGGCCCACUGUUGUCAUAGACAUACCAUUAGCCACUGCCCCAAAGCUGAACCUUGGCCUUGUAAAACGCAGGCCCAUUUUCUGAGGCUUUUUUUUUUUUUUUUUUUUGAAAAAAAAGGCACAUCUUAUAAGCCAUCAAAUACAGAACAUACAUAUGUACAUCAUACAUACAUACAUACGUACAUACAUUCCAAAAUAUUUGUUAGAUUCAGAGCAUGAGAUAUGAUGAGUGAGAGGAAGAAGCAAGAGCCUGUCAUUGCAGCAGGCCCUGCAAGGGUCAUGACUGUGUCCAUAUGAGAUAACUGUUCGUCCAGAAGCCAUCCAUUAAUGUUCCCUACACUGUCCUGACCCCAAAUGAAGCCUCAGUCUCAAGUCCAUACUCUUUAUAGAUAUCAUAGACUGGAGUGUAUAUUAAUUUGUAUUACGUUAGAUGCCUGUUGAUUGUAUAUAUUGAAAUGAAUUGUUUAGGAUUUUCAGGAUAUAAUGCCAAAGUACUGCUGAAAGCAGUUAAUAGUAUAUUAGCAAGUAUUGUCAAUGACAUAUUACACAGUAUUGCAGUGUUUAGAUCUAUAGGAAUAUGCUUUGAUAUAUUACUGUUGAAAUUCUCAUCUUUCCAAUGUAGCAUUGUCUGUGUGUGUGUCUCCCCCUCCCAUGUGUGCUUGUGACCCGUGCAUCAAGUCUGAUCUGUCAAGGACUGUGCAAAGCUGUCUUGUGUCAGCAUCACAACAAUCACUUUAACUUAACUUGAUCAAUUGCUCACUCUGAGGCCUGUGCCUCAGAAAUCUUGUUUCACUUGUUUCCAUAGGCUUGUCCUGAACACUUCAUUAUCUGAAUGUUCCUGUGGAAUAAAAACCACAGAUACUGUGACCAAUGACUUGGCUGUAAAUUUUUAUCAAAAAUCUAACAGGAAGAAUUAGACUGUUGUUGUUGUAAUUAUUAUUAUUAUGAGAUACUUAACAUGGGUUGCCCUUCAAAUGAUGAGUUUGUUAUUGGAGUGAUCAAAUAUAAUAUAAAAAUUCAUAACAUUUUUAAGCUUGAGUAAAUAUAAGUUUAUUUUGUACAGAUUAUAUAUAGAAUACAUUUUUAAUCAAUAUAAUAAAGGAUAUUA